UUCUGAGACUAGAGUUGGAAUCACUGUCCACUCCACGCUUCAUUGCACGGUUAGUUAGCUGGGUCCUUAUUGAGACGGGAUAUCUCUAUAGUGGCCGUGCCAGGAUAACUCCCCGUCUUCAGCCGCCUGGUAGCUCCAGUUUUCUAAUCCACAGUUCUUCAUCCAAAUACCCCUCGUAUUCUUUCGAUGAGCGAAACUGCAUAAUAAGAAAUUCGACCAAGAUUUUCCUCCGCGGCAGUCUUUUUCAUUAGACCGCGAUCGGACCAGGCUAAUACUAUACAUUGGUUUAAUCUUUUGGGUAACGUUUGAUACUUGAACACGAAUUACUUGUGACUGUGGCGUAUAACGUUGGAUUAGCUAUCAUUAGGAACAGAUCCAGCGUUUGCUCGUAGUGACACGAAACAAUCGGUACGCUGGCAUCGAAUCAGUAACGAUAAUGCACACAACGGAAUGACUGAAGAACAUAGCAAGAAUCGGAUUGUUUUUAGUAUGUGACAGAAACGCAAACGGAAAGCGAAUGAUCCAGAGGUCUUCACUGAAUCAGCGGAGUGCGCAGUUAAGAGAUGCUGAACCAAAACCGAGUCUUCAAGAAAAAUUUCCAAGCCCCUGAUUAGAACCACCUCUUGUGUUUUAAGCUCUGAAUGCUACAAUCACUUUUAUUAUUUUUGCGUACAUAAUAAGUUGGGUAAUUAUAAAUAGAUUUUGUGUUGCCGUAUUUUUUAUUUUGCAAUAUUUCAGUUUCUUUAAAAUCAAACGGGGAUUUACUGAACUGUCACAGGGCUCUGCAUCAAUGGCAUUUUUAACGAAGAAAAAGAAGUUCAAGUUUCAGACUCAUUUUACGCUGGAGGAGCUAACGGCUGUGCCUUUCGUUAAUGGAGUUCUUUUCUGCAAGAUACGACUACUAGACGGAGGAGACUUUGCAAGUGCAUCGUCCAGAGAGGAGGUUCAGGAGAACUGCGUUCGCUGGAAGAAAAAGUUCUCUUUCGUGUGCAAGAUGAGCGCUAACCCUGCGACUGGCGUGCUGGAUCCCUGCAUCUGCCGGGUCUCUGUGCGCAAGGAACUGAAAGGAGGGAAGACCUUUUCAAAGCUGGGCUUUGCUGACCUCAACCUGUCGGAGUUUGCUGGUUCGGGCUCCACCGUGCGCUGCUGCCUUCUGGAGGGCUAUGAUACCAAGAACACUAGACAGGACAACUCCAUACUGAAGGUAACCAUUGGGAUGACCCUCAUGUCUGGAGAUCCUUGCUUUAAAACGCCACCCAGCACAGCCAAGUCCAUCUCCAUUCCGGGGCAGGACCACUCCCUGCAGCUGGACUGCAAGGGGGAAGGUACCGGGGCCACACCCACCCCCACCGGGGGCAUCACCACGGGACGCUCUCUGAAAUCCAGGCCUUCUGUUUUGAGCUCAGGUCUGCCAGAGGAACCAGAUCAGAACUUGUCCAGCCCGGAUGAGGUGUUUCACACGGGCCACUCCCGAAAUUCCAGCUACGCCAGCCAGCAGAGCAAGAUAUCAGGUUACAGCACAGAGCACUCCUGUUCCUCCAGCCUGUCGGACCUCACCCACCGCCGAAACACUUCCACCAGCAGCAGUGCCUCUGGGGGGCUCAGCGUGAGCGUGGAGGGGGCACCCGAGGGGGAGAGGGAGCCAGGCCGCUCCGAAAGACCCCCUCGCCCCCCACGCCCCGUCCUACCGUCCAAUAGACCCUCCAGGAGGAAGAAGGACUCGGUGGAGAGCCACCCCACCUGGGUGGAUGACACUCGCAUCGACGCAGACGACAUCGUGGAGAAGAUCGUUCAGAGCCAGAACUUUGCCGAUGUCAGCAACAAUGAAGACAGCAACCUGAGACUGUUUGUCAGCAGAGAUGGGACCACAGCCUUGAGCGGGAUUCAGCUGGGAAACAGGGUGUCAGCUGGCGUCUUUGAGCCGGUGGUGAUCGAGAGCCAUUAGAACACGUCAGUUUUCGUAAUGUGGUGGAGUUCUCACCAUUUUCCCCUCUCGCUGCCUCGCAUGGAGGCGAGACACUGAAGGAGGAAAAGGAGCCUGAGGCAUCCCUGUAUUGCGUGUGAGGAAUGCACCACUUCAGAGGGUUCAAGCGUCCCUAAGAUUAUCUCAAACAAACAAUUGGUCAUAUAUCCAGGUCUUCAUUUGCUGUUUGUCACAUAAAGAAUGUGGAGAAUAGCCAAAUAACCACUUGUUGUCUUUGAAUGCAAUGACUUGAAGGCUUACAUUCCCCCCCCAUGCUUGUCAGCAAACUGCUUAGCAUCCCC